AUGACAUUAACAUUUGUUUGACAAUGUGAACGUGUUCGUGGUUGGCAUAUUAUUGAAUAUAAUACAAAUAUCAAUCGUAUCAAAAUUCGUCAAUAUGUUCAUUUACCAAAUAGACAUGAACAAGAUUUAGUUGUUGAGUAUCAUUGUUAUUUAUAUAUAAAUAUUGUCAAAGUUAGUAUUCCAAAAAAAGAUAAUUAUAUGUUAGAUCUACUCAAAUUACAUGUCGAUGAAGUAGCUACUUUUAGAUAA